UUUUUUUUUAAGUAACAAUAACAAGUAGUAGCAAAUUUUAGUAAAAAGGCACUCCAACAACAAAUUAGUGAUUUUUAGAGAGAGAAAGAACAAAGAGGAGAGAGAAAGAGUGUUUUUUUCUUUCUGUGUUGUCCUGAUAACCUGAACUGAGGGCUGAGAAGGAGGACAUUGUUAGUUUGUUACCCAGGAAAAAAGUAUUUUCUGGGUAAAGUUUCUUUCUUUUUUAUUUGCAUAAAAAAGAAGAACUAAACUGGUGAAAAUAUUAGGAGGUUUAUAGAGUGAGAACUUGAGAAGUGACUAGAGAGAGAAGUUAAAGAUGGCAGGAGGUGCAGCACCAGCAAAAGCAGAUGAACCAGCUCCACACCCACCAAAAGAUCAGCUGCCUAAUGUGUCUUAUUGCAUUACAAGUCCUCCACCAUGGCCUGAGGCUAUCCUCCUUGGUUUCCAGCACUACAUUGUGAUGCUUGGCACAACUGUUCUCAUCCCUAGUGCUCUUGUUCCUCAGAUGGGAGGAGGAAAGGAAGAGAAAGCAGAAGUUAUUCAGACAUUGCUUUUUGUUGCUGGUUUGAACACACUACUUCAGACAACAUUUGGGACACGAUUGCCAGCUGUGAUUGGAGCAUCCUACACCUUUGUUGCACCCACUAUUUCCAUAAUCUUGGCUGGUCGUUACAGUAACAUUCCUGACCCUAUAACGAAAUUCAAGAGAAUAAUGCGAGGAAUACAAGGGGCUUUGAUUGUUGCUUCAACCCUUCAAAUUGUUCUUGGCUUCAGUGGUCUUUGGCGUAAUGUCACAAGGUUUCUGAGCCCACUAUCAGUGGUUCCCUUGAUAUCUCUGGUUGGAUUUGGACUCUAUGAACUUGGUUUUCCUGGGGUGGCAAAAUGUGUGGAGAUUGGCUUGCCCGAGCUUAUCAUUCUAAUAUUUAUUGCAGUGUAUCUUUCACAAGCAACAAAAGUUGGCAAGCACAUUUUUGAGCGUUUUGCUGUUCUGAUCUCUGUGGCUAUAGUUUGGCUAUAUGCACACAUUCUUACAGUGGGGGGAGCAUAUAAUCAUGUUGCUCCAAGGACGCAGAUUACAUGUCGUACUGACCGAUCUGGACUUAUAAGUGGUGCUCCAUGGAUUAGAGUUCCGUAUCCUUUUCAAUGGGGAGCGCCCACAUUUGAUGCUGGUGAAGCCUUUGCUAUGAUGUUGACUUCAUUUGUUGCUCUUAUUGAGUCCACUGGUGCCUUCAUUGCAGUUUCAAGGUCGGCUAGUGCAACAAUGAUGCCUCCUUCUGUACUCAGUCGAGGCGUUGGUUGGCAGGGUGUUGGCAUUCUGUUGUCUGGGUUGUUUGGGACUGGGAUUGGGUCCUCCGUUUCUGUCGAGAACGCCGGCCUCUUAACACUGACACGUGUGGGUAGCAGACGGGUUGUCCAAAUAUCAGCUGGGUUUAUGUUGUUCUUCUCGAUUCUUGGGAAAUUCGGAGCUGUGUUUGCUUCAAUUCCUUCACCAAUUAUCGCUGCUCUGUACUGUCUUUUCUUUGCCUAUGUUGGUUCUAUUGGAUUGAGCUUCCUUCAGUUUUGCAAUCUCAACAGUUUCCGUACAAAGUUCAUACUUGGAUUCUCCAUUUUCUUGGGUUUGUCAAUACCCCAAUACUUCAACGAGUACGAAGCAAUUAAGGGUUUUGGUCCCGUCCAUACAAGUGCAAGAUGGUUCAACGACAUGGUGAAUGUCCCGUUCUCUUCGGAAGCAUUUGUUGCUGGAAUUGUAGCAUAUUUCUUAGAUAACACCCUCCACCGGAAAGAAAGCUCAGUGAGGAAAGACAGGGGUAAGCAUUGGUGGGAUAAGUUCCGGUCUUUCAAAGGAGACACGAGGAGUGAGGAAUUUUACUCCCUUCCCUUCAACCUCAACAAGUACUUCCCUUCUGUGUGAUUUUUCCUCGUAAUUUCUGAAGAGAUAUCACCAAAAAGCACAAGCGUUCCUCGUAUAUGAUGAUGCUCGGGAUCUAUAGUUAAUCAUUAUUUUAUCAAGUAUCAAUUUUACGACAAUAUGUUAUAGUUCACUUCUCAGUAUAAAUUAGUUUGUUACUUUUUGUAGGAUGCAUUUAGGACAAUUAUUUGUUUCUUUAUGUGUUGUAAAUCCAAUGUAUUAGUUGUAAUGAAGCGAAGAUUUAAACAAAGGAAACGAGGCCGACGGUUUUGAGUUUCCAGCGGCAACUAUGCCUUCCUGCUUGCCAUUGUUGAGAAACGAAACUUGAGCUUUGCGUUUUUUCUGGGCUGCUUCCGAACAGGUGGUCCAGGAUCAUACAUAUUGCAUGUAAGAAGUACGCUGGGACAAAACACUGUAGAGCCUAUUAAUAGUAAGUGAAUUUUUGUUUGUGAUUGUGA